AUGAAGAAGACACAAGCAAUGACUACAGAAGUAUUUAGUCUAUGCAUAAUUACUACUGUGAUACAAUUAUGUUUGACAACACACACCACUAAUCUGACAAAAGAAAGAUGUCAGGUUGCAGUACAAGAAGCACUUUCAAUGGGACUGAACUUCCAAGCGCCCCCUAACCUUCCUAUAUUUC